AUGAACUGUUACGACAAUCACUUGCCUUUUGAGGAAACAUGGGUUCAGCGAGAAUAUUUUCACCCAGCCAUCUCCAUGAUGUUGGGAGGCUUUUCCCCCAAAUCCUACCAUGAUCUUGCCCUGAAGCAACCACCCCAUACACAAAUAAAGUACCUCACAAACCAACAAGCCCUCAAGCCUUGGGAUGGUGCAUCUCAACAUAUAUGGGGCUACCACACUUGGGUGGAUGUGGGGCGUCUACCCCCAGUUUUUCCCACCAGGCCUGAUAAACCUUAUGAUAGUAAUGUCUGGCGAUGGGUCACUCGGGCUGACGAACAUAAAUGCCCUUCCAGCAAGGCCCCUAUUCCUCCACCAUCCUGGCUUGGGAAAAAUACUUUCUUGCAUUAUAUUGAGAAUCAUCCUAUCUUCGAGGACCCAGCAAAAAAGGGGAAGGCAAUCACCAAGUGCGAGAAGGAGAUAAAGGAAUCAGAAAUCCUUAAAGCAAGAAGCAAAGCAAGGGUACCCCCACUGGAUGCCCAGGGUAACAUCAUACCUCCCGAGAACUUCAAGAGGUACAGACAUGUGACAGCAGGAGGACGACUGGACCCUAAUGGUCUCCAGCUUGUGCCUAACUCAUUGCCCAAUUUAUUAUGCAGAGGCUGGGCCUGCCCCAACCCUCAACCACAUUACAAGGAGACGAUGUCCUUGAGGCUAUUAUUGCAUCCUGCUCCUCCGCUGCACCCUGAAAUGGUGAGGAAUUUCCAGAUCCUUGCAAAGGACCGAGGAUCUGCUCCUGUCUGCUAUGUCACGGAAGAUGUUUGUUUGAGAUGA